GAGACGCCUGCUCGAGUUUGCAACGGGGAAAAGGGUUCAACUCCGCGCUCCAAGUGGGGGAAGUGUCACCCAAGUUCUCUCUCUUGUUCCUGUAAAGUUACUCUCGCCGGCCGGUUCAUUUCCUCCGGCUUGUGUUUUCCCGGGUUCUGCCCCUCUGUCGAUGUCAGUGUUUCCUGUGUUUGUCAGUGAGGCUGCGGCGACUGGGGCAGAGGAGAGAGAGAGAGAGAGAUAUUCAGCAUGGAGUGAUAGUAACGGGUGAAGAAGCUCUUCACCUCGGCCAGGUGCUGGCGGUGAGCGGACGAGGAGCAUUGCAACAACUUUUCAAUCCUCUUCGACAAAAGUGGCUCGAAGAUGGCUCGAGAUGUCCCAGCCAAGAGCCUGGAUAACAUUGAUCUCUCCUGCUUGCGGGAUCCUGCAGGAAUAUUUGAGUUGGUGGAAGUGGUUGGCAAUGGGACCUAUGGCCAAGUCUACAAGGGUCGUCAUGUGAAGACUGGACAACUAGCAGCCAUUAAGGUUAUGGACGUCACAGAGGGUGAAGAAGAGGAAAUUAAACUGGAGAUUAAUAUGCUGAAGAAAUAUUCUCAUCACAGGAAUAUUGCAACUUAUUACGGGGCUUUCAUCAGAACAAAUCCUUCAAACCAUGAAGAUCAACUGUGGCUGGUAAUGGAGUUCUGUGGAGCAGGUUCUGUCACUGACUUGGUCAAGAAAACCAAAGGCAACUGCUUGAAGGAAGAUUGGAUCGGGUACAUCUGUCGGGAAGUCCUGCGGGGAUUGUCCCAUCUACACUCUCACCAUGUCAUUCAUCGAGAUAUCAAAGGACAAAAUGUGCUGCUGACUGAGAAUGCAGAUGUAAAGCUUGUUGAUUUUGGAGUCAGCGCCCAACUGGACAGGACCAUGGAGAAGCGGAAUACUUUCAUUGGGACUCCUUACUGGAUGGCACCUGAAGUGAUAGCGUGUGACGAGAAUGCAGAUUCCACGUACGAUUACAGGAGUGACCUGUGGUCGUUGGGAAUCACGGCAAUUGAGAUGGCAGAAGGAGCUCCUCCUCUCUGUGAUAUGCAUCCCAUGAGGGCCCUCUUUCUCAUCCCACGAAACUCUCCCCCCAAACUGAAGUCUAGGAAAUGGUCAAAGAGGUUCAUGAACUUUGUAGAAACCUGCCUGGCAAAGAACUACUUGCAACGACCCUCCACUGAAACGCUGUUGAAGCAUUCAUUCAUCCGCGACCAGCAACAUGAGCGACAGGUUCGCAUAUUGCUGAAGGAUCACAUCGACAGGACCAGGAAGAAGAGGAGUGAGAAAGAUGAAACGGAAUAUGAAUACAGUGGAAGUGAGGAAGAUGAAGAUGGAUUGAAUGAAGAUGAAGGAGAGCCAAGCUCCAUUGUAAACCAGCCAGGGGAGUCCACCCUGCGCCGGGAGUUCCUGCGGCUCCAGCAGGAGAGUGCGAGCCGCCCAGCGCCCCAACAGCAGCAGCAGAUACACCAGCAGCAACUGCGGGAUCAGGAGCAGUACAAGAAGCAACUCCUGGCCGAGCGGCAGAAGCGUAUCGAGCAGCAGAAGGAGCAGAGGAGGUGGCUGGAAGAUCACCACAAGAUAGAGGAGAAGCAGCGAAAACAGCAGGAGGGUGCGAAGAAGCCCGAGCUUAAAGAAAGGCACAGGAAGGAAGAGAGGAGUCGGGGAGAGGAGGAACAGAGAUGGGCGGAGGAGGAAAGGUGGAAGAUAGUGGAAGGCAAAAGGAAAGCUGAGAAAAAACAGGUCGAUGGUCUUUCUGAAUCUCGGAUGAAUGAAACCUCUAAAGUAAUGGAUGUUCCUCAACGGCAGGGAGCAGACAGACUGAAGCAGAUGGAUGAUGGCCUUGCCCCAUCACGCACUAAGCUGGGCAAGUUGGUUCCUGGGGCUUCAGUACCUGCAGACGCCGACUCAACCAAUGGAGGCAGAACAAGUCACAUCAACUCUGCUCUAAAAAGGCCCACAGAUCUACAGGAUCUGAACCCAAAUGUGUUUAGAAGCCAACUAUUCAGCUCCGCUUCCAUUCCCGAUAUGGGCAUGAUUCCAACGUCGCCUGAACAGGAUGAUGUGUUUUGGGAAAAUGCUUCUCCACCUCCCAAGGUUCCUGAAAGAACUGUGUCCAAAUCCUACAGCAAAGAUCAAAUAAACAGUCACGCCAGCCGUAAAAGUACUUUCAGCUUUGAACUACAGCCCCUGUGGGAGAGGGUGGAGAGCCCACUAGCCAAGCACGUUACAGGCAAUUCCCCCAGCAACACUUCGCAAACAGGAGGUCAAAUUGGUUCCCGCACUGCAUCGGCUCCUCUUCUGACUUCAUCCACCCCAAGUCACAACCAACAGCACAGGAGAUGUGAAGAGAAAAGGAGUUUUCCCAUUUCUCAACAUCGCACGGAGAUGAUUACAUCAGGCAGAGGAAAGUCUGCCUCCACUCCCUUUUUCAAGGCCACAGAUUACUCCUCUUCAAGUGAUGAAAUUGGCAGUACGGAUGAAGAUGACGAACUAAGCCACAACAAAAUAGAACCUCUGCACGGCAGAUCCAGGCAACCUGUCAGUUUAAGCAUCAGUGGCAUGCAGUGCAUCAACGCAAAGGGUCAGGAUGGAAUCGAGCUGCAGCCACACAGCACCUUGAAUGAAGUCCAGAGCCUAGCAGGGCAGGAGGGUGGCAGAAGGCACGACUGUCCAGGCUUCCUCCAUCCGGUACAUCACCUCCCGGAUCUUCUCCAGCAAAGCCACCCCACCAACACCUCGGCUGACCACCAAGAACCCGGGCAGACCCUCCUCGACGAGAUCGCAGCUGACCAGGAUCAAUUGGUGGAAAGUCCACAACCUAAAGGUAGUUCUUCAUCUUCCUCGUCGUUCACAACAUUCAUUGACCCCAGACUCCUGCAGGUAUCUCCAUCCAGCCCUACAGGAACUCCAGCAGGUAGUAAAUCUGAGCCUCAUCAAAGCAACUGUGCAAGAAAAGGAUCAGUCGUAAAUGUCAAUCCCACAAAUAUACGGCCACAGAGCGACUCGCCAGAAAUCCGCAAAUACAAGAAGAAAUUUAAUGCCGAGAUACUUUGUGCGGCUUUAUGGGGAGUUAAUCUGCUGGUGGGCACUGAAAAUGGACUCUGGUUACUGGACAGAAGUGGACAGGGCAAAGUGUAUUCCCUCAUCACCCGAAGACGCUUCCAACAAAUGGAUGUGUUGGAGGGACUGAAUGUACUCAUCACCAUAUCAGGGAAAAAGAACAAGUUGAGAGUUUACUACUUGUCAUGGCUUCGAAACAAGAUCCUGCAUAAUGACACGGAAGUGGAGAAGAAGCAAGGAUGGGUGCCUGUUGGCGACAUGGAAGGUUGCGUCCACUACAAAGUUGUUAAAUAUGAAAGGAUAAAAUUCUUAGUGAUUGCACUGAAGAAUUCUGUUGAAGUGUACGCCUGGGCCCCAAAACCAUAUCACAAAUUUAUGGCAUUUAAGUCAUUCUCGUCUCUCCCGCAUAAACCGCUGGCAGUGGAUCUCACAGUUGAGGAAGGCCAGAGACUGAAGGCAAUCUAUGGUUCUACUUCAGGGUUCCACGCCAUUGACGUUGAUUCGGGAACAGUUUAUGACAUCUACCUUCCAACUCACAUUCAAGGCAGCAUUCAGCCACACGCAAUAAUCAUCCUUCCGAACACUAACGGGAUGGAGCUGCUGGUUUGCUACGAAGAUGAAGGGGUUUACAUCGAUACCUACGGACGGAUCAUAAAGGAGACAGUCAUGCAGUGGGGAGAGAUGCCGUCUUCGAUCGCCUACAUCCAGUCAAAUCAUGUCAUGGGUUGGGGAGAGAAAGCGAUUGAACUUCGCAAUGUGGAGAAUGGACGUCUCGAUGGAGUGUUUAUGCACAAGAGGGCACAGAAACUGAAGUUCCUUUGUGAGAGGAACGACAAGGUGUUCUUUGCCUCGGCUCCAUCUGGUGGAAGCAGCCAGAUUUAUUUUAUGACACUUGGCCAGAACUCACACUUGAACUGGUAGCCUCUAUGAGACCUGAAUGCACACCUUGUGUGUGUCGGAUUGCACUGAAGUGAUCAUUUCUAUGUACUCACACCACACUGGCUUUCAAGUAAUUAUUGCCGGCUACACCCAUUACAACCAAUGACACAACUUGGAAUAAGAGGCUGUCGACGAUGACGGAAACUAGCUUCUGUAAUUCUGCUGAUUUAUAUUUAUAGAUAGUAUCCAUGUAAUUGGUAAUGGUCAGGUGUGCUGUCGCAACCAAUAUAUUAUUGUGAUGUUAACCGAGAGAUAGCUCAGUGUAUCAGCUGUGAGUGGAUAUACAUGUGCACAAACCUUUUGCACAAUCUCGUCUUUGCAGUUUACGCCCCCAACAAGUGAUUCACCAGUUUACCCCAGUAUUUUGUAUAUUCAGUAUAAAUGGGAUUUGUGUUGUCUUGUCAGUGCCAAUGUUAAGAGAAUUAAUGUACUGUAUUUCAUGUGAAAAUAAUUCUUCGGCAGUGCACCUUUUCAAAAUGGCUUUCUGCCAUUUCCAAUAGUCAGAGAGAUGGAAACAGACCCUUCAGCCCAACUAGUCCAUGCCGACCAAGAUGACCCAUCUAAGACGGUUCCCGUUGGACACUAUCCCUCUAAACCUUUCCCACGCAAAAAAGACCAUUUCAAUUCAAUAUUAAUUCAAAGGAGUGAUAUUCUUUGCCUGAGUUUAGAAGAUUUUUUGAGAAGGAUGGUUAAUUGAUUAUUCAGAGUUGAUUGAUAAAUAGGUACACCUUGGAAACAAGCUAUUCGGCCCAGAGAGCUGAUUAUUGAUCACCUGUUCCUAGUAGUUCUCUAUUAUCCACUUCCUCAUCCACUCCCUACAAACUGGGGGCAAUUUGCAGAGACCAAUUAGCUUACAGCCUCUAAAAAAUUUAGCAGGAACAAAAUAAUUUUGAAGCGAUAUUCGAGUCUACUUUUACCAGAGCACUGGUUGGAUUAGGGGGUAUUAGCUACAAAGAGAGGUUGGACAAACGUGGAUUGUUUUCUCUGGAACACCGGAUAUAAGUACAUAAAAUUAUGAGAGGAAUA